AUGGCGCAGCUACUGCACAACUCGCCUAUAGUUAUCGACAAUGGCUCUGGUACCAUCAGAGCGGGUUUUGCGGGCGAGGACCUGCCCAAGUGCUUCUUCCCGUCCUUCGUCGGCCGGCCAAAGCACCUCAAGGUUCUCGCGGGCGCCCUGGAGGGUGAUGUCUUCAUCGGCGAGAAGGCUGCCACAGAACUGAGGGGUCUGCUGAAGAUCAGGUAUCCACUCGAGCAUGGAAUCGUGACGGACUGGGAUGAUAUGGAGAAGAUUUGGGGUUAUGUCUACGAAGAGGGCCUUAAGGUGUUGAGUGAAGAGCAUCCCGUACUUCUCACCGAGCCUCCAUUAAACCCGCGCGCGAAUCGCGACACGGCAGCCCAGAUUCUCUUCGAGACCUUUAAUGUACCCGCACUAUACACAUCAAUCCAGGCCGUUCUAUCUCUGUACGCAAGCGGUCGCACCACCGGAAUUGUGCUCGACUCGGGAGACGGUGUCUCACAUGCGGUGCCUGUAUAUGAGGGUUUCGCCAUCACCAACAGCAUCCAGCGUAUCGACGUAGCGGGAAGAGACGUGACUGAACACCUGCAGACUCUUUUGCGCAAGAGCGGCUAUGUAUUUCAUACCAGCGCAGAGAAGGAGGUUGUCAGGUUGAUCAAAGAGGCUACGAGCUACGUGGCGCAUGACCCCAAGAAGGAGGAAAAGGAAUGGGCAGGUGCAAAGCUGGACCCGUCAAAGAUGAUGAGCGACUACACGUUGCCGGACGGUAACAAGAUAAAGCUCGGUCCAGAAAGAUUUAGGGCACCCGAGAUUCUCUUUGACCCUGAGAUUAUUGGAUUGGAGUAUCCAGGCGUGCAUCAAAUGGUGAUCAAUGCCAUUGGAAAAACAGACCUUGAUCUGCGAAAGUCCCUCUACUCCAACAUUGUGCUAUCAGGAGGUAGCACGCUGACCAAGGGCUUUGGAGAUCGACUCCUGACCGAGGUUCAGAAGCUGGCGGUGCGAGACAUGAGGAUAAAGAUUUUCGCCCCUCCAGAGAGGAAGUACUCGACCUGGAUUGGUGGCAGUAUCUUGGCUGGAUUGAGCACAUUUAGAAAGAUGUGGGUAAGCAUGGACGAUUGGCACGAGAACCCGGACAUAAUCCACACCAAGUUCAACUGA